UUAGAGAAAGAUGUUCUCAGGCAUUGCACACGCAAUAAAAAAAAAACCUGAAUUUCUUUUUUUUCUUCAUUGUUACUUUUAUUUUAUUUUUUAUGUGGUUCUCUUCUUUUGACAAAUCUCAUAUUCACUUUCCUUUUCAUUUCUGAAACUCAACUCAAAAGCUGUUUCAGUUCUGUUUUUCUCUUCCAUUCCUCAAAACCAAACACCCUUGUUAUCAUCAUUCCCUAAAAAGCUACUUUUUUUGUUUACUCUUUUGUUUUUGUUUUUCUGGGCUUUUUAUAUUUUUUUGUUUCAUUGUAUUGUAAACCAAAAAAACUUUAUGUUUUGUGGACCAUUGUUGUAAAGUUUUGAGCUUUUUAUUGUACUUGUUUUUGAGUCUUUGUUUGUUUCAAGAGCUUCUGUUUUAAUCAAACAGAAGCUCUUGUUUGUUUUGGUUUUUUGUCUUGUGUUGAAUUUUUCUGCUGGUGAUUGAUCUCUUUAGAAAACAAAAACUUGAGCUUUGUUUUGAAGCUCAAGGGAUCUGAAUUGUGAUGGAGAUAGCGAAGGAAAAGUUGCAGACAAGUUUUGAUUUUGUAGAUGGAGUUGACCCUAAGUCUUGCUACAUGCAGAAGUUUAGGCUCUAUGAAACUCUUUCGAGAUUCUAUAUGAUCGGAAGAGAUAAAAACCGGACGUUUUGGAGGGUAUUAAAGAUCGACAGGUCAGAGGCUUCUGAACUAAAUGUCAUUGAAGAUCCGACACUCUACACCGAAAUUGAGUGUUGCGAUAUUUUGCGUCGCAUCCAUGAAGGCAACAAGUCCACCGGGGGGCUUAAAUUUGUCACAACUUGCUAUGGAAUCAUCGGGUUUGUAAAAUUUCUCGAGCCAUUCUAUAUGCUGCUGAUAACAAAGCGCAGGAAGAUCGGAACUAUAUGUGGGCAUACCAUAUAUGCCAUCACGAAGAGUGAGAUGAUUCCGAUUCCUCAUCCGAGUGUUCGAACAAGAUUGGCUUACUCAAAGGAUGAGAACAGAUACAAGAAGCUUCUAUGCAGUAUGGAUCUUACAAAGGACUUCUUUUACAGCUACUCAUACAACAUCAUGCUCAGUCUUCAAAAGAACUUAUCUGAUCAUAAUUAUAAGGGACAGUUGUUGUAUGAAACACUGUUUGUUUGGAAUGAGUUCUUAACUCGUGGAAUCAGGAACAAUCUGCAGAAUACUUCCUGGACUGUUGCCUUAGUCUAUGGCUUUUUUAAACAGGUUAAACUUUCUACAGCUGGCCGUGAGUUCGACUUCAUUCUCAUUGCUAGGCGUUCAAGGCACUAUGCUGGUACCAGGUAUUUGAAACGUGGAGUCAAUGAAAGGGGUAGAGUAGCUAAUGAUGUUGAGACAGAGCAGAUAGUCUUUGCAGAUGCUUGUGAUGGAUCGCCAAUGCAAAUCAGUUCUGUGGUGCAAAUCCGGGGUUCAAUCCCUCUCUUCUGGUCUCAGGAAGCCUCUCCACUGAAUAUGAAACCUGACAUUAUAUUGUCACCGAAGGACGCUCAGUAUGAAGCCACAAGACUUCAUUUUGAAAAUCUUGUCAAGAGAUAUGGAAAUCCAAUUAUUAUAUUGAACUUGAUUAAGACUCGUGAGAAGAAGCCCCGUGAAACUAUUCUGCGAGCCGAGUUCGCUAAUGCUGUUAAGGUUAUUAAUCAAGAUUUGAGUCGGGAUGAACGCCUGAGGUUUCUUCAUUGGGAUCUGCAUCGGCACUCAAGACGCAAAGCCACCAAUGUGCUCGGACAACUGGGAAAAGUGGCUUCAUUUGCGUUGAACCUAACUGGCAUCUUCUACUGUCCAGUGACACCAAACAUGAGGCAAGAGGGAUUAUUCCCAUAUUCGUACUCCGAAAAUAACAAUGUCAUUGAUGAAUCUGUUGUGGAACAAGAGAGUAUAACAAUGUCAUUGAUGAAUCACAGUGGUGACGAUGAGAUCAAAGAUUCCAGUGUCAAACCCAAGCUGCUUCAAAAGGGAGUCUUGAGGACAAAUUGCAUUGAUUGUCUAGACCGCACCAACGUUGCGCAGUAUGCUUAUGGACUAGUUGCACUUGGACGUCAGUUACAAGCAUUAGGAUUUAUUGAAUCCCUGCGCAUUGAUCUUGAUAACCCUUUGGCUAAGGAAGUAAUGACAGCUUAUGAGUCCAUGGGAGACAAAUUAGCCUUUCAAUAUGGGGGUUCUGCAGCGCACAACAAGAUAUUUUCUGAAAGAAGAGGCCAAUGGAAAGCAGCAGCUCAGUCCCAAGAGCUUAUUCGAACCUUACAGCGUUAUUACAACAAUACAUAUUUGGAUGGUACUAAACAAAAAACAAUUAACAUAUUCUUGGGGCAUUUUCAGCCACAACUGGGAAAACCAGCACUAUGGGAGCUUGAUUCAGAUCAACAUUACAAUCUUGGAAGUCACGGCCCAAAUUUAACAGAUGGAAUUGACGGGUCAUUUAUUAGAAGAUCACAAUCAGAUGGCAACAUUCUCGGUGAAAGUGAGGCUACAAUUAGGAACUUGCAUGCUCCAGACUGUCCGCACUCAUCUGAAAAUCCCGAUAAGCAAUCUCUUUUGGAGUCUACUUCAGACAUUAUUGCCUGUGGAAGUUCUAUUUGUGAUUGCAGGCAAGUUUUUGGAGGAAUGGGUAAGGACCAAUAUUGUGAAAGCGAUCACAUUUGUUAUGAAGAACAUGGAGAUGCAUGUGAUUGCUCGAAUUUCCUUGAUGUGGACUGGCUUUCUUCUUCCGGAAAUUCUUGUGAAGAAGAACUACUUGAAAGGUCAGUCAGCAUUUCUUCGGACAAUAUUGUGAAUGAACUAAUGACUGAAGUGCCUGCAAGUGAAUCUGGACCUAUCUUGAAGGAGAGGAGGCGUAGCGAAGGAGACCUCAAAAAAGAUGGAAAAUAUACCGAUAAAUUUGAAAGUUGGGUGACUCAUGGUGAGAUUCUUUAUGUUUGAGACUAGUACUAACGUCUCUUGAUCUAUAUCACCUUAUCCGAAGGAUGAGGAUUCAUGUCUUUGCUGUACAGAAAUAAAUGGUAAGAUAAAAUCCAAAAAACAAUUAGAAGUGGCAGAAGCUAAGAAGCUGAUUUUUGUUUCAAAAGAGCAUUUGAGUUACAUAUUAUAUUUUCAUUUGGGAGGUAGUUUUAGAGAUGUCAAUAAGUAAUUAAAUUUUUUGUGCCUCCCCCCAGCUAGGUACAUUAUCAGUUUAUCACAUUCAAAAUUACCAAUCCUGUAUAUAAUUCAAUUUUCAUUGAAAAAACCAAAAAAAAUACAUAGCUUAUGCUCA